CAGGUCUGUUAACGCACUAUAUAAGGAGGAACAGAUCCCACUAACCUUUACUCAAGACAGUCACAAUGAAGUUCGUGAUCUUGGCUUUGUUUGUUGCUGGUGCCUACGGGUGUGGCCUGCCCACCUUCCCCCCCACCGUCACCAGGGUGGUCGGCGGAGAGGAUGUCCGUGAGAACAGCUGGCCCUGGCAGGUGUCUCUGCAGUACCAGAGUGGCGGCAACUUCUACCACACUUGCGGUGGCACUCUGAUCGCCAGCCAGUGGGUCCUCACCGCUGCUCACUGCAUCAGCAGUCGCACCUACAGAGUGUAUAUGGGAAAACACAACCUGAAGGAAAAUGAGGCUGGUUCUAUUGCCAUCAGCCCCAGCAAGAUCAUCGUCCACGAGGCCUGGGACUCUUACAGAAUCCGUAAUGACAUCGCCCUGAUCAAGCUCUCCACUCCUGUCACAUUGUCUGACUCCAUCAUGCCUGCUUGUCUUCCCACCGCUGAUGACAUCCUGCCUAACGGCGCUCCCUGCUACGUCACCGGCUGGGGUCGUCUCUGGACCGGAGGUCCCAUUGCCGACAUCCUGCAGCAGGCCCUUCUUCCCGUGGUCGGCCACUCCACCUGCAGCAGGUAUGACUGGUGGGGCAGCCUGGUCACCGACAAGAUGGUCUGUGCUGGAGGAGACGGAAUCCUGGCUAGCUGCAACGGAGACUCUGGCGGUCCCCUCAACUGUCAGAACCCUGAUGGUUCCUGGGAUGUCCACGGUGUGGUGAGCUUCGGCUCUAGCAUGGGCUGCAACUACCCCAAGAAGCCCUCCGUCUUCACCAGGGUCAGCGCCUACAUCCCCUGGAUCAACAACGUGAUGGCCAGUAACUAAGAUGUGGAUUGUUUUGUGUCAUAAUUUGCUGUUGAUUGUGAAAUAAAC